AUGGUGGUGGCCGAAUUAACUUCGCUAUCCGCUUACCAGGAGGAGCUCCAAAAGCCAGGAGUCGUGGUAAUUGACUUUUAUUCACCAUCAUGCGGUCCCUGCAAAGUCGUGGCUCCUCUUUUCGAUAAAUUGGCCACUGAAGCAGUCAAUGCCCACGUCAGAUUUUUCAAAGUCAACGGGCUAAAUGACCAAGGCUCAAAAAUCCAAGAAGCUGCUCAAGUCGUCUGGUGGCCGACGUUUGUAAUAUAUAAAGAAGGGCAGGAGCAAUGGCGUGCCAAAGUGCCGAAUCCGCCUGAUCAGCAUCCCAUCGCGGGUUUAACGAGUGCAUUAGAGAAGGCGAGAUAG